GGGCUGCUCACGCUAAGGGCCACAGCGGCAGCGCUCCGGCCUCGCACCGCCGCUCCACGCCUCGCGGGGCCCGCGGGGCCAGCCCGGCCGGGCGGGGAUGCUGGGGCGGAGGGCGCAGUGGCUGUGCUGGUGGUGGGGGCUGCUGUGCAGCUGCUGCGGCCCCCCGCCGCUGCGGCCCCCCCUGCCCGCCGCCGCCGCUGCCGCCGGCGGGGGGGCGCUGCUGGGGGACGGCGGGAGCCCGGGCCACGCGGAGCAGCCGCCGCCGCCGCCGCAGUCCUCCUCGGGCUUCCUCUACCGGCGGCUCAAGACGCACGAGAAGCGCGAGAUGCAGAAGGAGAUCCUCUCCGUGCUGGGGCUCCCGCACCGGCCCCGGCCCCUGCACGGCCUCCAGCAGCCGCAGCCCGCUGCGCUCCCGCAGGAGCAGCCUCGCGGGGAGCCCCCUCCCGGGCGGCUGAAGUCUGCGCCCCUCUUCAUGCUGGAUCUGUACAACGCCCUGGCAGCCGACGACGAUGAGGACUGGGCGUCGGACGAGGAGAGGCGGCAGCCCGGGCCCCGAGGAGGGGCCGGCUCGUCUCAGCCCCGGCAGCCGCCCCCCGGCGCGGCGCACCCGGUCAACGGCAAGAGCCUCCUGGCCUCGGGACCCGGCGGCGGCACGUCCCCACUGACCAGUGCGCAGGACAGCGCCUUCCUCAACGACGCGGACAUGGUCAUGAGCUUUGUGAACCUGGUGGAGCACGAGAAGGAGUUCUCCCCUGGCCAGCGAUACCACAAAGAGUUCAAGUUCAACUUAUCCCAGAUUCCUGAGGGUGAGGCGGUGACGGCUGCAGAAUUCCGAAUCUACAAGGACUGUGUUGUGGGGAGUUUUAAAAACCAAACUUUUCUUAUCAGCAUUUAUCAAGUCUUGCAGGAGCAUCAGCACAGAGACUCUGACCUAUUUUUGUUGGACACCCGCGUGGUGUGGGCCUCAGAAGAAGGCUGGCUGGAAUUUGACAUCACAGCCACUAGCAACCUGUGGGUCGUGACCCCACAGCACAACAUGGGGCUUCAGCUGAGCGUGGUGACUCGGGAUGGACUCAACAUCAACCCCCGAGCUGCAGGCCUGGUGGGCAGAGACGGCCCUUACGACAAGCAGCCCUUCAUGGUGGCCUUCUUCAAAGUGAGUGAGGUCCAUGUGCGCACCACAAGGUCAGCCCCUGGGCGGCGCCGACAGCAGAGCCGAAAUCGCUCCACCCAGUCGCAGGACGUGUCGCGGGUCUCCAGCGCUUCAGAUUAUAACAGCAGUGAGUUGAAAACAGCCUGCAGGAAACAUGAGCUUUACGUGAGCUUCCAAGACCUGGGAUGGCAGGACUGGAUCAUCGCACCCAAGGGCUAUGCUGCCAAUUACUGUGAUGGAGAAUGCUCCUUCCCACUCAACGCACACAUGAACGCCACAAACCACGCGAUCGUGCAGACGCUGGUUCACCUUAUGAAUCCUGAGUAUGUCCCCAAACCGUGCUGUGCGCCGACCAAACUGAAUGCCAUCUCGGUUCUUUACUUUGAUGACAACUCCAACGUCAUCUUGAAAAAAUACAGGAAUAUGGUCGUCAGAGCUUGUGGAUGCCACUAACUCAAAACCAGUUGCUGGGGACACAGAUGCUGCCUUGGGUUCCCAGAUGACAUCUGCCUUAAAAACAAACAUUCAGAAGCACAGCGAAGGGGGGAGGCGAGGCUUCGAAGCCGUUCAGUGCUGGUUGGUGCCUUACCGCCCACAGAAGAUUGUAAAGGGCCUCGUUAAUAAUUCGCUCACACAGUAAAUAACGUGAGUAGUUGUUGGUCUAUAGGAAAUGGAGUUUGGAUGUCUGCAGUAUGAAGUCUGGUUAACUAAAGAAACAUAACUUUGAAGUAUUCCCCCCCCCC